AUAAAUAUACUCCGCUACAACUGAGAUAAGCAGUAAUCAUCUGCGAUCCCAAUUGACACCAAGUAUAUCCAGCUCAUCAAUUCUUCUCAGUCAUGGAAAUCGAUUUUUCCAAUAAACGCAUUCUCGUCACGGGCGCCAAUAAAGGUAUCGGUCGAGCAAUAGCUCUCAGAUUAUCAAAAUACGGAGGUAAGGUUAUCGGAAUGGGAAAGACCCGAGAGACGUUGGAUGAUCUCGUAAAAGAAGAUCCAACCAUCGAGACUGUUUGUGUUGACAUUGCGGAUUGGGACGCUACGAGGAAAGCUGUAAAAAGUGUGUUGCCCGUCGACCUGUUGGUAAACAACGCAGGGGUCGCAUGCCUCGCGCCUUUCCUCGACAUCACCAAAGAUCAAUUCGAUUUAACGUUCGACGUCAACGUUCGUGCGAUAUUUAACGUAUCACAGGUCAUUGCAGCUGAUAUGAUACGUCGUAAAGUAGAUGGCAGGAUUGUCAAUCUUUCGUCGCAAGCUGCCCACGCAGCCCUCAAAGAUCACUCGGCCUACUGCGCCUCGAAAGGGGCAGUUGACAUGAUCACGAAAACUCUGGCCCUGGAACUAGGUCCUCAUGGAAUCCGAGUGAAUUCCGUGAACCCAACAGUCGUCCUCACGGCGAUGGGUCGUUUAGGCUGGAGCGAUCCGGCCAAGGCUCGUACAAUGCUUGACAAAAUUCCACUUGGAAGAUUUGCCGAGGUCGAAGAGGUCGUAGAUGCUGUUGUUUAUCUACUAAGCGACCGCAGUUCCAUGAUAAGUGGAGUUCAUUUGCCAGUCGACGGUGGAUUUCUGGCGUGCUGAUUACGUCGUUAAAACCUUUCUUAUUUUUCAUUAUGAACCUGUUGUUUUUGUAUCGGUGCAAUCGACAUUGAAGAAAUCGUAACCACGAAUUAAUCUGUACAACAGCUUAGAUGUCAAGAAAUUACUAAUUAAUGUAAUAAUCUACUGGGCAUGGUAAUAAAAGUAUGUAAAAAAAAUA